AUGGAGCUCUCUGAUGAUUUGGCCUCAGCAAUUAGAAAGUCGUGGUCAGAAUCAGGGACAGCAGAGGGAACGGACUCUCCCAUUAGCACGCCACGCGGGACUCCUAAAAGCUCGACUAAAGGAUCCAUUACUGCAGAGGCAGAUAUCCCAGAAGAUUAUCAGCUGCUUAAACACCAUUACGCCAUUUCAGACACUGCGGGGAAGAGCGUCGCGCAGGAUGGACUGGUGGACGUUUUAAGGGAUUUGGACUUCGCCAACAAUGAGAAGGCAAGCCCUCAUAGCACUCGAAGACGGUCAAUAGAAGAGGUUUCCAGGAUCAGACAAUGGCUUAACCCGCGCAGCUCGUUCUCCGGAGCGUCUGUUAACGAACGUCAAGUGAAAGAAGAGGUUUCAGAUAGAAAAUGCUGGAUCACCGUCGUGGAAUCGCAGGACGAUUUAUGGCCGAUUCUGAUCCUCAAACACUCGCUGGUACUUAGUGGGACCCGGUACAAGCUUCAUGUGCUGUACUCGGAGAGCAUGCUUGGCGUCGCAUCGCAGCUUUCAGAGCAAGGCAUUGAAACCAUAAGAACUAACGAUAUCUCGCCGCUUUUGGUGGACUCUGCAACAGGAUCCGCUUCCUCGGCAUUUAUGCCCACUGAGGAAGGACGUCCCGCCAAAUGGUCCAAGUUGUUACCCUUUGUUUCACUGGCGAACGUGUUCGACCUAGUGUGCUACCUGUCACCACGGUCUAUGGUCCUUUCCAAUGUAGAUGAGCUAUUGGAAUCAAAUAUUGUCUCCUCGGAAAUCGAUAAUGAGACCUGCGUUUUGCUUUCCAAUACCAUGCAUGAGCCUCCCACGCUGAUUGUCUUGCGUCCUAACACAGAAGCCGAUGCGUGCAUAAGAGAGUAUAUGACAGUAUACUCGAGCACGGACAACAACGGGAAAUGGGCAAAGUUACGAAGUUCGCAAGAUUUGGCCGUCCUCAGAGCUCUAUUUGAAGACUCGUGGGGUGUAGUGGCGUCGGAAUAUUGCUAUCGUGGGGUUGGAAGCAUUCCUACCACUGCUAAGAUUAUUGAGUGCUGUUCAACACAGCCUUGGAAUGCAAAUGAUGAAACUAGUCUGCUGUGGAGAAAAGCUUACUCGCAGCUCGUGAACUGA